UACAAGAAUUGUAAGCAGCUUAAGAGCUCGGGGGAUUGACAUGGACCAUGACCCUUUCCUUUGAAUUACUUAUUUAUUCAUCCUAAAUUUUUACCCCAAAGCUUUAAAAUUAAACCCAGUCAUUUACGGAUGAGUUGAGUAGCUUCAAAUUUUAUCAAACACUUCAUCACCAUCUUUGACCCAAGAUCUUGCUAUUCUUUAGAAUGGCUGGACAUGAUAAUGGAUCAGUUCUUCAGUUUGCACCUUUUCAAAGUUCUGUGGAUGAAGGCUUUUGGCACAGGUUAUCAUCUUUGAAACUCAAUCAAUUGGGAAUUGAUGAAUCCCCGAUUUUUAUAACAGGUUUUUAUGCACCUUGUUCACAUUCGCAAGUUUCAAAUCAUUUAACUCUUCUUGGUGAAUCUUUGCCGCCUGAACCAAGUGCUCAAUCAUCACAUCUAUCUUUAAGGUCCGGGAACAGGAAUAGAUGCUCUGUUCCAGGAAUUCUUUACAACACAAAUACGUUGGAAAGCUUUCAAGCACUUGAUAAGCAAAGCUUGAUGAAGGCUGAAGCUAAGAAGAUUUGGGAAGAUAUACAUUCCGGAAGAGCAGAGCAGGAAAGUUCUGUUCUUUCGAGGUUCCUUCUUAUAUCAUUCGCAGACCUUAAAAGUUGGAAGUUUUACUACUCUUUUGCUUUCCCUGCUCUGGUGCUUGAUCCUCCUGCAAUGAUAACUAGUUUGAAGCCUGCUUCCCAAUGCUUUAGCCUAGAGGAGGCUGAUUCGCUGACAGCAGUUUGUAAUGAGUGGCGGAAUUCAAGCACAACUGCAGAUGUGCCAUUCUUUUUGGUGUCGAUUGAUUCAAAUUCACAUGCCACCAUCAGACAUCUGAAAGACUGGGAAGUUUGCAGAAGUGAUGGUUAUAAGCUCCUUUUUGGCUUUUACGAUCCUUGUCAUCUUCCAAAUAAUCCUGGCUGGCCUCUACGCAACUUCAUUGCAUUUAUAUGCUCAAGAUGGAAUCUUCAAAAAAUUCGGUUUUUCUGCUAUCGUGAACAUCGUGGUUUUGCUGAUCUGGGGUUGUCCCUCGUUGGUGAGGCCUUAAUAUCAGUUUCACAAGAAUGGAAACUUCAUAAACAUAUUCCUAAGGCUGUUGGAUGGGAGGUGAACAAAGGAAAGAAGACUCGGUGCAUUACUCUUGCUAAUUCCAUGGAUCCAAUCAAGUUAGCAGUAUCAGCUGCAGAGUUGAACUUGAAGCUAAUGAGAUGGCGUGCUUUGCCAUCAUUGGACCUGCAUAUGCUGUCUGCUACCAAGUGUCUUCUCCUCGGUGCAGGUACCCUUGGAUGUCAGGUGGCCCGCAUGCUUAUGGCUUGGGGUGUCCGUAAAAUUACACUAGUUGACAGUGGCAAGGUAUCAAUGUCGAAUCCACUGCGGCAGUCCUUAUACACAUUGGAGGACUGCCUUAAUGGUGGUGAAUAUAAGGCCCUGGCUGCAGUUAAAAGUCUUAAACAGAUAUUUCCCGCUGUGGAAGCUGAUGGCAUUGUGAUGGCCAUACCAAUGCCUGGACAUCCAGUUCCCAGCCAAGAUGAGCAUGAUGUACUUGAGGAUUGCAGGCGAUUACAGGAUUUGAUUGAUUCUCAUGAUGCAGUUUUCCUUUUGACUGAUACAAGGGAAAGCCGUUGGCUACCAACCCUUCUAUCUUCCAAUGCCAACAAGAUUACUAUUACAGCUGCUUUAGGUUUUGAUAGUUUUCUAGUUAUGCGUCAUGGUGCUGGUCCCCUUGUCGAUUACAGAUCUGAAUCCAUGAGUGCUUUAUCUGCUGAAUUGGGAAAUUUUUCUCUCGCAGACAGAGAUAAAAGGCCGAGAUUAGGUUGUUACUUUUGCAGUGAUGUCGUCGCGCCAAUUGAUUCAACUUCUAACCGAACUUUAGAUCAGCAAUGCACAGUUACACGUCCGGGUCUUGCUCCUAUAGCAUCUGCCCUUGCAGUUGAACUUCUAGUUGGAAUAUUACAUCAUCCGCAUAGAAUAUUUGCCAAAGCUGAAUUUGCCAAUUCUAUGGAUAAUGGAUCAACAGAGCAACCUCUUGGAAUUUUACCCCAUCAGAUUCGAGGUUCACUCUCUCAAUUUUCUCAGAUGACACUUGUCGGCCAUUCGUCAAGUAGCUGUACUGCUUGCUGUAGCAUCGUGGUAAAUGAAUUUCACAACAGGAAGAUGGAUUUUGUCCUUGAAGCCAUAAAUCACCCCACUUAUUUGGAGGACCUCACAGGUCUGACAGAGCUAAAGGAAGCUGCAAAUUCUUUUGAUUUGGACUGGGAUAAUGAUAUAGAUGAUGACGAUGAAUGUGUUGAAAUCUAAAGAUAAUUGUCUAACAAUUGUAAAUAGCCAUUUGUCGCUACAUUACUAAUUGUACCUUAGUUUUGCAUGCAAAUUGAACAGAAAAUCAAUGUCUUAGUUAAUUAAUUUUAUAAUAUUUAACUAGCUUUUCUUUCGAA